ACGUCAAUUUGAAUAUUAUCUAAAACUUAGCUCGUUUCCGCCUUGUUCGACGCAUUAGCCGGGAUCGCCGGGUGCUAUAUUUAUUAAAAUUCGUGUAAUUAGGGAUUAUUUCCAUUAUAUUUCCCUACUAUGGCUCCACGAACAGCAAAAGCAAAGAAAGUAGCAGAGAUCAAAGCUUCUGUAAGUGAAGCACCAAAAAACAGAAGAGGAAAAGCUAAAAAUGAACCUCAAGAAGAUGAAAAAACUGAAAUAGUAGAAAAAAAAACUAAUAGACGUGGAAAAAAAAUUGAAAACUAUGAUGAAGAAUUGAAUGGAGCUGAUGAGAUAUCUGAACCACCAACAAAGAAAGGUAGGGGUAAAAAAAAUGCAGCAAGUAUAGAAGACAAACCUGAUAAAAUUGAUGAUAAAUCAGCAAAAGAGUCUGGAACUCCAGCUGAAGAAAAUGAUGGCAAUGAGGAUGCUAAUGGUCAUUCUGAAGAUGAAAUAACUGCUCCUGCCAAGGGUAGAAAAAAGGCAACUAAGAAAGAAACUGUAAUCAAACCUAUUGAAACUUCCAAGCCAAAAGCAAAACAAGGAAGUGUUGAGCCAGAAGAAAAAGAUGAUGAGGAAAAACCAAGAGGAAGGGGUAGGGGGCGAAGAGCUGACCCUAAACCAGAAUCUGAUGAAGUCGAAUCUGAAUCAGUAGAACAGCCAGCUAAAGGUCGUAAAAAAGUACCAACAAAGAAUGAAAAAGAUGCAGCUAAAGCAGCUAAGGAAGAAGAAAAGGCUGCAAAAGCUGCAGCGAAAGAUGCAGAAAAGGCUGCCAAAGAUGCAGAAAAAGCCGCUAAAACUGCUGCAAAGGAAGCCGAAAAGGCAUCAAAAUUAGCUGCAAAAGAAGCUGAAAAGGCUGCAAAGAUGGCAGCAAAAGAAGCUGAAAAGGCUGCCAAACUUGUGGCUAAAGAGACAGAAAAAGCUGCAGACAAAGAGACUAAAGACACUGAAAGCAGUGAAGAGGCUGCUGAACCUGACGCAGACAACAGUAAUGACAAAGACAGUGAAGCUAAAGCCAAUGCUGAGCCAAAAAAAGGCAAAAAAGGAAAAGGUAAACCCAAAGAAGAAAACAAUGAUUUAAAAGAAGAAAAGGAGUCGGAAAGUGAAAAAGGAGAUUCGAAAGAAGAUCAGGAAAUGGAAGUAGAUGAUACAAAGCCAGCAAAAUCCAAACGUGGACAAAAGAAAGUUGUUGAAAAGACCGAAGUAGAGGAAGAAUCUCCUGACACAGGAGAACCCAAUACUAAACGCCGACGCAAGACUCCUGAAGACAAGGGCGGAGACACUAAAAAGAAAGUUAACAAAUCUUCAACACAGUAUGAGGAUAUAGAUUUUUCUAGCUCAUCCAAAAAUAGUCUGGGAAAAGAAUGGAAUUUUAAAAUAUCCUGUUGGAAUGUGGACGGAAUCCGGGCUUGGCUAGGCAAGGGCGGCCUUGAAUAUAUUAACUACGAAAAGCCAGAUAUUUUUUGUCUGCAAGAAAUUAAAUGUUCUCGUGACAAGCUUCCAGAAGAAGUGGCAAAUGUUCCGGGCUACCACGCCUACUGGUUAUGCAGUGAUAAAGAGGGCUACGCUGGCGUAGGUAUUUACACAGCAAAGUUAGCGAUGAACGUACAAUAUGGCCUUGAAAAUGAGGAAUUCGAUGACGAGGGCCGAAUAAUAACGGCUGAAUACGAACAAUUCUAUUUAAUUUGCACGUAUGUACCGAACGCCGGACGAAAACUCGUAACAUUAGAUAAAAGACUAAAGUGGAAUGAAGCGUUUAGAACACAUGUAAAAUCAUUAGAUGAAAAGAAACCAGUUAUUAUAUGCGGAGAUAUGAAUGUUUCACACAAGGAAAUAGAUCUGACGAACCCUAAGAAUAACAAAAGAAACGCGGGUUUCACGGACGAAGAACGCGCGGGAAUGACUGAGCUUCUGUCUGAUGGUUUUGUUGACACCUACCGCCAUCUAUACCCGGAUAAAGCGAGUUCAUACACUUUCUGGAGUUACAUGUUUAAUAGUCGGGCCAAGAAUGUAGGAUGGCGUUUGGACUAUUUCAUAAUGUCAGAAAGGCUAGCCUCAGCCCUUUGCGACAGCGUGAUCAGAGACAAAGUAUAUGGAAGUGAUCAUUGUCCAAUAACACUGUUUCUUCACCUCAGUAGUGCUGACAAACCUAAGGAAUAGCUUUGUUACUCUUCUAAAUCGAAAACUAUUUUUCUAUGACUGAUUAUAUUUAGAUUGUAAGACUGGUUUCUUAUUUUCCGUUUAGUAUAGGCCUUUAAAGAUUUCUUUCACGGCUGUAUAUAAUUAAAAUCUUUCAAUAAUUGUUGUUUGAUAAUUCUUUCAAACUAAUCCUUUAAAGGUCUUGUUUUUAUAUUGGUUUUUUUUGUAAUCUUUUCAUAUAUUUUGUAAGAAAAUUUAAUGUGAGUGAAAAAACGUGAUAAUACAAAUGACAUUGCCCUUGAUAAGGUUACCUUUAGGCAAUAAGCAUUGUUUAAAUAAUAAACUUGACUUAAUUCAAACACAAUAGUAUUUGUUAUGUGUAAAAGGUCUAAUAAAAUUGGCAUUGUUCUUUA